AUGACCCAAGCUGACAUCAAUAAUAUUGGAUUCACGGCUGGCGUGGGGGUUCGCGUUGACUCGCACGACCUGAGUCUCACCUAUCCUGAUGCAUGCAGCCAGGCUCUGGAUGCCACCUCGAAGCUCGCAAAGGCGCCAUCGACUUCGAAAAUGGCGCAAGUCUUUGGUAGCAACGAUUUGCUGUUUGGGGUUCCUGCCGGAAGGUUCCAGGCAAUGAUCACCGGGGACGAGAUCAAAGGAGGCGCAAUGUUUUCUGUCUCCAACCUAAACCGCAAGUGCACCAUCGACUACAGCAUCGUGCUCAUGUCCCCACAAGCCCUCACGCCAGAAGCAACGCUCUCCGUCGUCGACCCAACCACCCAGGAAUCAAUCAUUAUUCCUAUUGGCUGCAAGUGGGCCCAGCCCAGGCCCGGCGUGCACGUGUGCGAGGCCAAGGGCGAUUUCACCACCACCAUUGACACCACCUUCUCAACCACUUCUCUCACCGCUGCGGCCGCGGCUCGGAGUGCGGCUGCCAGCAUGAGCGCAGCAGCCCUGCCAGGGUCGGCGGUGGACCUGGUGUUCAAGGUGACGGUGGCAUCGGGCAUGCUGCCAGAGUCUGAUGGUGCGCUGCGCUACUCGCUGUGA